ACUGCUCGCUUUCCUCCCGGCCUGGCUGUGAGUUGCCGGCCGCGCACCAGCUGAUCGCAGCCCCUCCUAUCAGGCAGGGCCCGGGGAAAGGAGCGGGGAGGCAGCCCUGCCCAGAUCGGCGGGGGUGGCGAGCGAGCCAUGUCCGAGUUCCAGAUUUCCGUGGAGGAGCUCAACGACCUGCUGGCCAACGGCAGCGGCUGCUACAGCCUCCCCAGCGCGCACAGCAACGAGGUGGCGCCCCGCAUCCACGUGGGCAACGCCUUCAUCGCCAAGAAUAUUAUGCGGCUGCAGCGUCUGGGGAUUACCCACGUCCUGAACGCUGCUGAGGGCAGGUCUUUCAUGCACGUCAACACCAACGCGGAAUUCUAUGAAGGCACCGGCAUCACCUACCACGGCAUCAAGGCCAACGACACGCAAGAGUUCAACCUUAGCCGCUACUUCGAGGAGGCUGCUGACUUUAUCGAUAAGGCGCUGGCGCAGAAAGAUGGCCGGGUGUUUGUCCACUGCCGCGAAGGCUACAGCCGCUCGCCGACGCUGGUCAUCGCUUACCUCAUGCUCCGGCAGAACCUGGAUGUCAAGAGUGCCGUGAGCAUGGUGCGGCAGAAGCGGGAGAUCGGCCCCAACGAUGGCUUCCUGAGGCAGCUGUGUCAGCUCAACGAGCGGCUGGUGAAGGAAGGCAAGGUGAAGAAGCCAUAGCUGCCUGGCCUGGCCUCCCUCCCUCUCCGCGGCUCACCGGAAUGCCCUCCGUUGCCAGCUCCAACUGCCGUGCCGUGCCGUGCCAUGCCAGGGGGCCGAACAAGCACAAGAGAGCCCCUGCACUAUACAAAAUACCCCUAGAGGAAGACUCCAACCACUAGGCUUCGGCUCGCCUCCUGGGUCUUUAGUUGUGGAAUCUGCCUGUUGUAAUGUGUGUGUGUGUGUGUGUUUGUGUGUUUGGAGGCACUGGGCACGUCUUAUCAGCUAGGAACCCUUUGGGGAUUAAAAGCUUUAUAUUGCCAGUUCCCUGCCGGCACAGCUAGCUGGUGCUGUCCCCAUCAUUCUGCCAUAUGUGUGUGUGUGUGUGUGGGGGGCACGAGAGUUUUCUCGCUGACCUGUUGCGGGUGGUCCCUCUACCCCCUUAUGCCGACGUGUCAAAGGUUAUGGCUGGAGAGUAGGCCAUGUGACCCACAGGGAAAGUCUGGCUUGGGCUACUGUUGAUGUGUCCGAGAGAUUGUUGAGCAUGUGAUCCAAGGUUCUAAGCUGUAGGCGUUAGGCGAGUGAGCUGGUUGGCGCCUACCCCAUAGCAGGUGGAUUGCGGGACUCCUCAGAGGGCCUCUGGUUGCACUGUGGGCUAAUGAAGGUGGGCAAGUGGUGUGAUUUAUUUUCCAUGUGAUCGUUGCAUUGGGUCGGGGUGAUGCCAGCAGGGAUUUCCUCACAGGCAUCUUUGUCCGGGGCCCUCCCGGUGGGGUCUGUCUGCCCGGAUCUUUUAUGGAGUGAGCUCCAGCCCUCUAAUCCAGGGAGGCGUUCAGAGAAGGAUAGCCUUGCCCUGUGGAGCUUGGCCUAUUGGUGCACUGAGCUUCCACCUUUGACCCAUCCGGCCGCUUAAUAGUCUUGUUCUCUGGGCAGCACCUUCCUAACUGUGUGUUUGUCAUGGAAACCAGGUAGCUCUCAGGGGUUAUUUUUGGGAGGAUGCCCCAGAAAUGAGUGCGGGGGGGGGCAGCUGGACGUGGCACGCAGAGGGGGUUGGAGACCCAGGUAGCUGGCCCCACACUAAUUUUUUCAAAAAUCCUAUUUCCCCCUCUUACGUGCAUGCUCGAAAACUGGUGCCUAGGUCCCCGGUCGAAUGGACUGUAAAUAUACAGAAGCUCUUCCUUGUAAUCUUUUUUUUGGUUUUGUUUUGUAUAGCUCUGUGUUUCAUAGGAACCUGUGGAUAUAUACAUAAUACAAUGAAGUAUAGAUAACAAUAAUAUUUAUAUAUAGCUCUAUAUAUCUAUAUGCACUCAAGCAAUGAAGAAGAAAAAAAAGCCAUUGGAGAAUAUCCAGUUAAUGCAAGUAACGUUUUGUAUAUAUAUAGCCACGCUCAUGUUUUUGGUGUCAACAGUAGCCUUUUUAACAAGUUGGCCAAUGUGGCAGAAGCCCAGUAUUCGGGGGGGGGGCAGUUCCCCUCUUCUGUGUCGGCCUUCCCCUUCAUGUUGUAUCGGGGGUCCCAGCAUUUUAGGGGGCAACGAGGGCUGCUUUGGGAAGGGGGCAAGGCAGACAAUUUGUGUUUCUGUGCAUAGAAGUUAAGAUGGCAUCUGACCCAUGUGUGGCCACUGCUGUCUUGGCGACUGUUGGCUAAAGUGUCACCCGGAUGCUGUUUCUGGCUACAUGUAGUGAUGGCAAACAGUGCUUGCCUCCAUUCAAGGUGGCAGCCACUGGCUUGCUUCAAAAACCCAAUGAAGGGUAUCGACAAUCUGUUUCCUCCCCUCCAGUCUGCCAGUCUUUGUGACAAGAAUUUUUCUUGGCCAUUUUUUCCCAAAGUUUAGCCAAUUAAACUGGCAUGUUCAGAUCCAUUUAGUUGGUGUUUGGGUGGCCUUCAGUCUGGGGUUUUGGAGGUUUUGUCUCUGUGGAGAAUCAGCCUUUUGAAGAGACUGUUCCUGUGUGAGGGAGCUGCUUAACCAACUGGCUCUCCAUGCAGGUCAGUUCCUCUUUCCCUCCAGGGUCCCUAACGUGGUGCUUGUGGGUGUCAUGGACUUGCCAGCACUUUCCUGGUGCCCACCAAGUACUUUGAGAAAGUGAGUAGGGUCGCGUGGGGGCUUUGCUGAGCAUUGCCCUUUGGAAAUUGGAUAGGCUGUGCUGAUUUUUUUAAAAAAAGUUACUUUGUCUGCAGCUGCCCCCACAGCACAAGGAUCUUUACUGUGUGACUGAAGAUAAGCUGUGGCAGCCAUUGUGUGGCUGACACUGCCUCCUGUGGCCGUCCUUUUGUGGCUGCACCCACCGUACUGUGUCAGGAUUCCAAAGAUGCCCACAGGCUCAAAAAGGUUGG